AUACAGAGAUUCCGGAAGGAAGAGACCUGCCACCCAAAGCUGAAGCUGUCGCAAUCAACGCAAAGUCCAAAACUUUAUCUGUAGACCAAAAAAGAAAUUGAACUUUUCUUGCCUCAAUCAAAAGUUGCAGCAACAGUUACCCGCACACAGCCUUUUCGCUGAGGCACUAAAAAAAGAGAAAGAAAGAAAGAAAGAAAGAAAGAAAGAAAGAAACUGCAAGUGGCUAGCUAGCCAGCCAACCCCAUUCCCCACUUCUUCUGAAAGAGAGAGGAAACAGCAAUAACAGAGAGCAUUAUUCCAUUAUCGUAUAUAUUGGGCUAUAUAGAGAGAAAGGGAGAGAUGGAAAAGGUGCAUAUACAGAUGGAUAGAGGAAAUGAGAGCAUGCCUUGUCGGCCAUUAAAGCUUCAAGAGACGAGCUAAAGCUCGUCUCUUUACAAUUGCUUUCCUUUCGUUUCAAUAUCUCUAAUAUAAAACCACAAAAAAAUCUCUCUUUUUUUUUUUUGGUUUGUUAUACUUUUGGUUGCUUGUUUGGUUUCUGGAAAGCAAAAGAGGAGGGAGAAAGAGAGAGGUUUUUCCUUUGAGUCCAAAAUCUUCGGUCUUUAGAUCCAAAGAUCCCCGCCAUUUGAGGCAAAAGGUGAACUGAGUUCCCUUUGUUUUUCUCUCUCGAUUCAUGAAUUCCACUGUUUCUUUCUUUCUGUGGUCUCAAGGAGUAACAGCGAAGUGGUGCAGUUGUUGCUUAUACUAUUGCCGGUUUGUUUGCUUAUACUAUCUCUUCCUUGACGAGUAAUUGAUUGAUAAUUUUGCUUAAACAGGUUUGGAAUUAUCAGAUUGUGCUAUGAUCAUGAUCAAGCUGAGAGAUUACAAAAUGUCAAGUAGAACAUUUGAAGCAGGGUUUACAGUAUUUUGGCUAUUGCUAUUGGUUUGUACUUCUGAGGGGCUGAAUUCUGAGGGGCACUAUCUGCUAGAUCUAAAGGACAGCCUUCACGAUGAAUUUGAUCAUUUGAAUAACUGGAAGUCCACUGACCAGACACCAUGUGAGUGGAUUGGCGUGAAUUGCACUUCAGAUUAUGAGCCUGUAGUCCACUCUCUCAAUUUAAGUGCGAUGAAUUUGUCUGGGAUCCUGAGUCCCAGCAUCGGUGGCUUGGUCAACCUAAGAUAUCUUGAUCUUUCUUACAAUAUGCUCACCGGGUAUAUACCUAACACCAUCGGAAAUUGUUCAAAGUUGCAAUAUUUAUAUCUGAACAAUAAUCAGUUUAGUGGGCAACUUCCUGCUGAGCUGGGUAAUUUGUCUCUUCUUCAGCGUUUGAAUAUAUGCAAUAACAGAAUAUCUGGUUCUCUCCCUGAGGAGUUUGGGAAUUUGUCUUCAUUGAUUGAGGUUGUGGCUUACACCAACAAUCUGUCUGGUCCAUUGCCUCAUUCUAUUGGGAAGCUCAAGAACUUGAAAACAUUUCGUGCAGGGCAGAAUGAAAUUUCUGGUAGCAUUCCAGCGGAAAUAAGUGGAUGUCAAAGCUUACAGUUGCUUGGUCUUGCCCAAAAUGCCAUAGAAGGAGAGCUGCCAAAAGAAAUUGGGAUGCUUGGGAGCUUGACUGAUUUAAUUUUGUGGGGUAACCAUAUCACAGGAUUUAUACCAAAGGAGAUUGCAAACUGCACUAACCUGGAGACGCUUGCUUUGUAUGGAAACCAUCUUGUAGGAUUGAUACCAGUGGAAAUUAUGAACAUGAAUUUUCUGAAGAAAAUCUAUCUAUACAGAAAUGAGCUGAAUGGAACAAUUCCGAGAGAAAUUGGGAAUCUAUCUAUGGCGACAGAAAUUGAUUUCUCAGAGAAUCAUUUGACUGGGAACAUCCCUACAGAAUUUAGUAAGAUAAAAGGUCUGCAUCUUCUGUAUCUCUUUCAGAAUGAGCUUACUGGUGUUAUACCAAAUGAGCUGAGUAGCUUGAGGAACUUGACAAAGCUCGAUCUUUCAAUGAAUCAUCUCAAAGGUCCGAUUCCUUAUGGUUUUCAAUACUUGACAGAAAUGGUUCAAUUGCAGCUUUUCAACAAUUCCCUGAGUGGCACCGUUCCUCAGGGGCUUGGACUUUACAGUCCACUUUGGGUGGUGGAUUUUUCAGACAAUUAUCUGACAGGAAGAAUACCUCCUCACCUUUGUCGGCAUUCUAACCUGAUUCUGCUGAAUCUGGAGGCAAACAAGUUUUAUGGGAAUAUCCCAACUGGUAUCUUGAACUGCAGAUCGUUGGUACAGCUACGUCUUGUUAGAAACAGGCUUACAGGUAGCUUUCCUUCAGAGAUGUGCAAAUUGACAAAUCUUUCUGCUAUUGAAUUGGCUCAGAACAAGUUUAGUGGUCCAAUUCCUCAGGCCAUUGGCAACUGUCAGAAGUUGCAGAGGCUUCAUAUUGCAAACAAUUACUUCGCUAAUGAAUUGCCUAAGGAAAUAGGUAAUCUGUCUCAACUUGUGAAUUUUAAUGUCUCUUCUAAUUUGCUCAAAGGACAGAUUCCACCUGAAAUUGUUAACUGCAAGCUGCUUCAACGACUUGAUCUCAGCCACAACAACUUCAUAGGUUCUUUACCAGAAGAGCUUGGAACCCUUCUGCAGUUAGAGAUUCUCAAGCUUUCAGAAAAUAAAUUCUCUGGAAAUAUACCCCCAGCAUUGGGAAAUCUCUCUCACUUGACUGAAUUGCAGAUGGGCGGCAAUUUAUUUUCUGGUGAAAUUCCUCCAGAAUUGGGUUCUCUUUCAGGCUUGCAAAUUGCUAUGAAUCUUAGUAAUAAUAAUCUGAGUGGAAGCAUACCCCCAGAGCUGGGUAAUCUAAAUUUGUUGAUAUUUCUCUUUCUCAAUAAUAACCAUUUGACUGGUGAAAUUCCCAAGACAUUUGGAGGUCUUCAAAGUUUAUUUGGGUGCAACUUCUCAUAUAAUAAUCUGACUGGACCCUUACCUCCAGUUCCACUAUUUCAGAACAUGGCAGUUAGCAGUUUCUUAGGAAACAAUGGGCUCUGUGGUGGGAACCUUGGCUAUUGCAAUGAAGAUUCAUUUUCUUCUUCUGUCCCUAUGAAAAGUGUAGAUGAUCCUCAGGGUAGAAUAAUAACAAUUGUUGCAGCUGCUGUUGGUGGAGUUUCUCUGAUUCUAAUUGCAAUAAUAUUAUAUUUCAUGGGACGCCCAGCUCAACCAGUUCCCUCCACAAUUACCAAUGAGAGUUCAUCUCCAGAAUCAGAUAUCUACUUCCCUCCAAAGGAGGGAUUCACUUUACAAGACCUGGUUGAGGCCACAAAAAAUUUCCAUGAUAGUUAUGUUGUAGGAAGAGGAGCUUGUGGAACAGUCUACAAAGCAGUUAUGCAUACUGGACAAACCAUUGCUGUCAAGAGACUAGCAUCUAACAGAGAGGGAAACAACAUAGAAAACAGUUUCCAGGCUGAGAUUUUGACUCUCGGAAAGAUCAGGCACCGGAACAUUGUUAAACUUUAUGGAUUUUGCCAUCACCAGGGUUCCAAUCUGCUUCUUUAUGAGUACAUGGCUAGGGGUAGCUUGGGUGAACUCCUUCAUGGGCCCUCUUGCAGCUUGGAAUGGCCAACAAGGUACAUGAUUGCACUUGGAGCUGCUGAAGGUCUUGCCUAUCUACAUCAUGACUGCAGAGCCAGAAUUGUCCAUCGCGAUAUAAAGUCGAACAACAUUCUUCUUGAUGAUAAUUUUGAAGCUCAUGUUGGUGAUUUUGGUUUGGCUAAAGUAAUUGACAUGCCUCAGUCUAAAUCAAUGUCAGCAGUUGCAGGGUCAUAUGGCUAUAUUGCUCCUGAGUAUGCAUACACAAUGAAAGUAACAGAAAAAUGUGAUAUCUACAGCUAUGGAGUUGUUCUGCUGGAGUUGUUGACUGGGAAAAUUCCAGUGCAGCCAUUAGAUCAAGGAGGAGAUCUAGUGACAUGGGUGAGAGAUUAUGUUCGAAACCAUUCAUUGACAUCAGGGAUACUUGACAGUAGAUUAGAGCUAGAAGAUGAAAGAACUGUUAAUCACAUGAUUAGUGUACUAAAAAUUGCUUUGAUGUGUACAAGCAUGUCGCCUUUUGAUCGGCCGUCGAUGCGAGAAGUUGUACUUAUGCUCAUUGAGUCUAAUGAGCGAGAAGGGAACUUCAUUCUGUCUACAGAUUAUGAUCCUCCAUUGAAGGAUGAUGCUUCAUGAAAGAAAGCUUCUUGUACAUUCAAAUACAGCCACUGGGAUUUGAUUUUUGUGCUUAUAAUUCAAAUUCUGUGUUUCAUCUUGCAAUUAUUACAGUUAGUAACACUUGUGUACAGAUGGAAGUACCAUUAUACAUAUGUAUCUCAGAUCAUGUUGAUCAUCACUCGUUCAUCUGGAAUUAUAGCUACUCUUUAUUUUAAUUUUAAUAUAUUAAGUUUUUUUUUUCCCUCAAAA